CUAACAAUAGGAGGUCGCUCGUCAUACCUAUUUUCACUGGUAUCCUAUAGCAACAGUUGGUCACACCAUAAUUACCCGCGAAAACAUGGAUAAACAUCAGUCACACAACAGAUGCAGUGAAAUCACCAUCUACUAGCCACCUGCUUGUCAUUCUGUGUUGUACGGCGUCUUGAAAACAUACACUGGAAGACAUUCAUUUAAAUCGAGGCCGCUAACCUGAAGUAUUUCGCCGGUCGCUUGCUUCCCCAUUUGGGUUACUAUCUAUAGAAAUGGGGUCUACUUUAUCAGUGAAUCGAAAAAGCCUUUUUCGCGAUUGCGGCGGCUUUUGGAACUUGAAGACCCGAGAACAAGCCAAGAGUUUUUACUGCAAGUGUUGUUAUAAUGUCAGUGACGGUAAUGGAAAAGAGAAAAAAGUGAGUGGGCUAGCUUCCUGUGAUAGUCUCACAGCGUAUUUGCAAAAAUGUGCCAGCGUCGGGAAGAAAAAGAUGAGAUCGAAGAUCGAGCCAGCACCGAAUAAGAAACCAAAUGAUGUAGAAGGGAAAGAGAAAAAUGAAGAACCACGCUUGGAAAGCGUCCCCACAGAAAUUAUACCGACCAAAACAAAGACAGAAGAGAAGGAGAAACCAUCAAUAACUCAAAACAAACCGAUCGUACCCCCCAAACCUCAACAAAGACCAAGCAGUUCUUCAUUCACCCUGAGUAGUGAUGCUCUCAGAUGUAUAGGGAAUUUCGUGAAAAGUCAUUGCAAGAAUUUAUCGCGUUUACGAGCUUCUGAAGUCGUGUUAUGGCUGCGCGGAGUUGACAGGGCGUUGCUGAUACAAGGUUGGCAAGAUCAAGCAUUUUUAACGCCACCAAAUCUCGUCUUCCUCUUUAUGUUACUCAAAGAAUCUUUAAAGGAAAAGUUCACGAGUAUCACCCAGCUCCGUGCCGACGUUUUGACUUGUCUCUACAUGGCUUACACAUACAGCGGACCAGAGAUUAGCUACCCCCUGAAACCUUUCCUUGUGGACGGUGACAGAGAAGCGUUUUGGGAUCGUUGCAUGAACAUUAUUAACAAUCUUAGCGAUAAGAUGCUACAGACGAACAGAGACCCUAAAUAUUUUGGUGAACUCUUAGUUGAUUUAARGCGUUAUAAUUCUGCUGUUGACAGAAGAGAUGGAUAGACAGUGGAAAAAUUCCCAAGGGAUAUUAACUCUGUUGUGUAUAGGAUAUAUAUACAUAAUCGAUCGGCUCAAUUCUGACACCAAAGCAUUGAAUCUAAAGAUCAACCUUUCGUACGAAUUCAAUGCCGUAAGCGACCUCGAUCUUUUAUAUAUUCAAGCGCUACAUUUUUCUCAAAUUUCGAGGAUUCAACAAGUUUAGAGAAAGACCUUAAGACAUCUAUUGUUUCGCGAACAUGCUAAGGUUUAUGAGAGCGCGUUCGCAAGCGGAGCCGUGUGCCGUCGACUCAUUUAGAGCUGCCGAAGUGAAGGACGUCAAAUGGACCUUUCACAGAUUUAAAUCCUUUAAAAAAAAUCUUUAGUGAUUUAUUUUGUCUURGUAAUAUUGGAGAAUAUUGAUUCUUAUUUUUUUGUAAUUUAGGUUUUUCAACAAGAAAUUGUCAGUCGAUUCGGAUAAAUCGCGAAAUUUUAAGUAUAGAAUCCUUGAAAAGGUAUUUAUAAAGAAUUUAGAAAAUAAUUUAUGAAGAUUUUGCUAAGAAUAUUACUUGUGAAUAUAUAUUGAGAUAGUUUAUUUAUUUCCUUACUUCGCGAGACCAAAGACCACAUGUUAAAUGCAAAUAUCUUUUUUUGCCUUUAAAAAGUAGAGCAAUGACAAUUCAAUGUAUUAAAGACAACAUCUGGCUAUUUGACAGAUCAGCUCUGUGUUCUGUCUAGUAURAAAACCAUUAAAAUAUCUUUUUAGUGUGAAAUAAAACAAGAAUUUUUAUCA